CAACAAAACGCCACGCGCUCAAUCGAAAUCCAAAAAUAAAAAAAUAAAUAAUAAUAAAAUCAAUAACAAGUUGCCAGUGUUGUGACAGUGAUCCCAGUGUCGAACCUGUGGUGUUUUUUUCUGGAGUGUUUUGUGGAUGCCGAUGGGUUCCCGGUGAUGGUGCUAUACCACCGCUUGGUGGCGCUGUGGUGCGCUGUGGCGGUCGUCGCCACCGCCGCCGCGUACACAGUGGAUUGCAACCAGGAGUACACGGACUGCGAGACUGAACUCAGUAAAUUAACUGCUGAAGAUGAAGACGUACCUAGCGCAUUCUCUAAUUCGGAAUCAAAACCAAUGCCAGUUGAAAAAACAACGACAUCAUCAACAACAACAACGACACAAAAACCUGAAACAACAACAGUAGUCAUUGAAAGCAAAACUGAAGAAUCAACAACUGAAAGUUCAUAUGAAAUACUCAGACCCAAACCGAGAUUACUUUUUUCAAACACAGAUGAUUUACAAAAUUUUGCCAAUGCAUUACAUAAUAGAACGAAUCCUACAGAUAAGAAGAAGGAUUUAGGUGAUCUCAGUGAUGUAAAUUUGGAUGGUGAUGAAGAUGAGGGGCCUGUUAAGUUGGCUGGAACUGUUCAUAAAAAUAAAGAUAUAAGUGAUAAGUUUUAUUCUAAUCUCCAAGCACCGUUUCACCCGAUGCUUGUUGGGGAGAUUGAAGACGAAACAGAAACGUGUAAAGAAAAUGAUUUGACUUAUAAGGUAGGCGAGCGAGUGGACCGAGGUUGUGAUGACACGUGUGAGUGUGUUCCCGGGGGCAUCCUGGAAUGCUUCCCCCGCUGCAAGCAUCCUUACAUCCGCCGGGGAAGGAGGCUGAAUGACCCGCUCUGCUUCGAAUCUCCAGUGGACGAUUGCUGCUCUAUCAUUGCUUGUGCUACUGGAAACGAAGGGAAAGGUACAAAACUGGAAGUCUGUCGGUAUGGGAAUGAUACACACGCUGUUGGAGAAAAAUGGUUCAUUGGAUGCGAACAAACUUGCUCUUGUGAAGCAAAUUCUGUGGUCACAUGUAAACCGAGGUGUAAUCCUCCCCGUCCUUCAGAAAAUUGCAUCAACGUGCAGGACCCCAACGAUGCGUGCUGCGAGAUCCAGGUCUGCGAUGUGUCGCACGACGCUCACGAGGAACCGGAGAAUAUUACAUCUACCAUUUCGUCUACAACUGAGAUGACGAAUGACUCCCAAGAAUAUGAUUUAAUGAAGAAUAAGACGGAACAACACGAGCACAAGUCAACCAUGAGACCGCUGGUGCUGGCGGAACCAAUCGGUUCCGUGAAAGUGUUGCAAAACAACACAGUGCAAGUGAACUUAAUCCAUGCCAAUGACUCAGAAGAUCCCAUACAUGUACAACUCAGCAGCGAUGGUGGCAAAACAUUUGAAGACGUAGAACUGAUGUACUCAAACCUAAUCCUCAAUCUGAAAGGAGGGAAGGAUUACGUCAUUAAAACAAAAGAGACUGGCACGAAAUUCAAUUUCACUAUCACUACCACCGACAGCAAUCAGAAUGAAGUCCCCACUGAAGAAUUGCACAAUAUUACGAAGAUUGGAUGUAUUCAAGACGGCCAAUUUUAUGAUGUUGGGGAAGAAUUCCACAUUGGUUGCACAGAGCUCUGCGAAUGUACAGGGCCAGACAAACGGGAGUGUGCUGCACUAGUUUGUCCUUCUCACGUAGGAUUAGAGUUGAUGUCCAAGGGCUGCGUACGGUGGGCUCCGAGCCCUCCGGCAGAACCUCCAAAUUGCUGUCCCAGGACUGCCAGAUGUCUCAGUGAUGGAACGUGUCAUUAUAAAGGAGUUGCUAUACCUAACUGGACAGAGGUGCCCGUAUCAGUAUCAGGUUGUGAGGAGCGUUGCUUCUGUGAGAACGGCGAGUUGGAUUGUCAAGAAGCUUGUACUGCGCUCCCACCGCUGCCACCACAAACACUACGGUGUCCACCGCUACACCGCCCCGGACACGUCAAUAUUUCUGAUGAGGACUGUUGUAAGCAAUGGGGGUGCGUGCCGAUUGGUCAAAUACCAACGAACUUCCCAACACACCAGUCCCUUCCUGCCUUUUUGCCCACCGUUCCUCCCGAGAUCCACUUUCCACAAGACGAUAUCGCAGAUUAUGACCAAAAUAACAUCCACCGUCCCCUGGAUAGACUCCCACCUGGUCUUCCUAUUACUCCAACUUACGGGGAUGACAACAAGAAGUUGUCGGUCUUGUCCAUGCAAGCUGAUUCGCCAACAAGUGUGAAAAUGCUGUUCGGAUUGCCGUCAGUCCUUGUAGGGCUGAGAGGAAGCGUGGAUUUGAGAUAUACUGAUCAAGCAGAUGAUGACAUAUCCCAUUGGUAUUCCCAAGUGUUCGCACCCACUGACGAAGUCCUGACCACUCCUCGGUUAGAAUUCACGUUGUCUGGCCUGAAACCGUCCACCACGUACAAGAUACGAGGAAAGUUAUUCCUCCAUAACCUACCUGUGGAACCAGAGAGCGAAGUCAGGAUUGUCAGGACCCUGGAUCCACCAACGAUGGCGCCACCAACAGAAGAGAAACGCCGAGAAGUAGACAGCAGCCUCACAGUGAUGGACGUCAACGAUACGGUAGCUCACGUUAGCUGGAGACACUUCACCGAAGAUGAGCUGCAGUUGAUCGACGGUAUUCAAGUCAGGUACCGUCCGAUCGGCACACCAAUAUACAGCAUGACGGAAGUCCUGCACCACGGCCGGUCCAGCGCAGAGCUCCACGACUUGAGACCCGGGACUCGGUACGAGGCGUCCCUUGUGCUGGUGCCGCCGCCCAGGGCCGUCACCGAGUUGCACGACCCUGGUAGGGUCGAGUUCACAACUUCGCCGUAUGUUGAUCCAUACAACUGGUCAGUGACUAUCGAAGCGCGGGCAGUAGGCUCUGAAGCAGCGGAACUGACAUGGCGGGGAGUUCCCUCGCCGGCAGAACGUUGGGUGCGCGUGUACCGAGCAGCACAUGCAUGCGGUUCCACCUCCACAUCUGUAAGAAGAGAACACGAUGCGUUCCGAUUGGCUGCAAGAGAUUUGUCUCCAUCAAUCACUCUUACUGGUUUAGAGCCGAAUACAAGGUGUCGAGUAUGGUUAGAAUUGUUCCUGACGAAUGGAAAAGUAAAAACCAGCAACGUAAUAGAAAUUAACACAAAGACAUUAGAUGCUCCAGAACCAAUUGACAAUGAAAUCGAAUCAGCGUCAAUAUCUGGGAGCCGCACCAGUCCCCAAGGGGAUUACUACGGGGCUCUCGUGGUGGUGGGGGUUGUGGCUGCACUGGGCGCUCUGACAUCACUGCUUCUACUGCUUGUGGUGGUCAGGAGACACCACACGCGCUCAGUGGCUAUCACGCCCACGCCAACAGCUCCUCGUGAAUCCUCAUUGCCGCCAUACGACAACCCAGCGUACAAACUAGAGUUACAACAGGAAACUAUGGAUCUCUGACAAUUAAGUUCCCGUGGGCACACCAAUGGCCUGAACGGGAUUUCUGAACGCAGCGUCGACGCGCCAAACGGGCGUCCAUACAACGAAAUGGGCGUUUGAGUGUCCAUCUGUGUAUAGUGACUCAUUGACUGACUUAGUGCAAGUGUAAGGACUCCACAGAGCACAGAAUACUGGGCUAAUGUUCCCUUCGGUGACCAUGACAAAUGGUGACAUGGUUAUAAUAUAAGUAUGAUUUUUUUUUCUUAAUAUUAAAGAGGUUGGUUUGGUUUAUUUGAUUUUGUGAUGUGUGAUUGAUCUUGUCCAAGGUGCCUAAUAUUUGAAAUAUUUAAAAACGAAAAUUUUUGACACAUCACAACAGUAUAUUAUGCGUGAGUUAUGUAGAUAGAUGUGAUCAAUUAUUUCAUACUACAUAUUAAAAUAUUGACAAGUUAAAAUUAAAUGUUGCCAUUUAUAAAAAUUGUAAUGUUAAUAAUUUAAUCUCUUUUAUAAGAUUUAAUUUUUUUACUCCUAGAUAGAAAUUCCUCCAAAAUCACAAAAUUGCAAUAAAUAAAUGAUUGUAAUUUUACAAUGUAAAUAAUGUUAAUAGAUCAACUUAAAUAUACCUUAUUUGAAAUGUUAUACGUCAUAAUAAUACUUACAUUUUGUAAGAUACUAAGAAUCUACCUGAUAUGAAACUCAAACAUAAUUCUUUUAUAAUUUAAGAACUGUAAUAUACUUUUUAUACAGACAUGUGUUUUCGUUCCCAACUACCUCGGGUGCUGUCAC